AUGACUUUACACCUGAAAACUAAAGCUCGACUGUUUGACCUGCACUGCUCUGUGGGCCUGACGGACUGGGACAUGGACAAGGAGCUGAAACUGGCAACAACCACCGACCAGUUUUAUCAUGAUGACAAACUGAACGAUCAAUAUGUGGUGCAGAGACCCUCGGCAAGAGCCCCGAGAAGAAAAGAUGAAUUCGUUUGGUACGAUAAAACUUCAGACACCUUUGUGAAGCCAAACUUGUGGCUGUUGGUGAAUCCUAACAUCGCCUGCCCGAUCCAGUAUGCAGAAAGUGCAGCAGAUCAUCUUUGUGAACAUGCAGGGGAAAUCCAAAUGCCUGCAGAGAUCCAAUGUCCUCAUUCCACAGAGCUCCACAUGUUCCAGGAGAAACGGCAGCACUCUGUGUCCUCCACUGAGUACCUGAUGAAGGAUGAGGACGCCUCCUGUCGAUCAACCAAGAGCAGACGAAAGGGGAGAAACACAAAAGUCAGGGACAAUAAAACCCUGAAGCCAGGAUGCUGGCCUCGUCCGCCAGUGAAUUACUGCAUCCUCAUUGCUUUGGCACUGAAGAGCAGCCACACCGGGAGCCUCAAAGUCCAGCAGAUUUACAACUUCACCAGAGAGCACUUCCCCUUCUUUCAGACGGCUCCUGACGGUUGGAAGAACACCAUCCGACACAACCUGUGCUUCAACAACAGCUUCCGCAAAACCUGCAACCAGAUGUGCAGAGAUGGCAAGAGGAAGUCCUGCUUUUGGCACCUGACUCUGGACGGCCAGCGCCGGCUGAGGGACGAGAUCUGCAUGCUGACAGGAGAAUCGUUGAAGCAGCUGGAGAGGAGCAUGUCCUGUCCAGGUAUAAUUCAGACUUUACUUGCACUGUGA